CGAUUCGUUACUUUCCAAUCUAAUCCAUUUUUCUCCGGAAGAAAAGCUCUUUAUGAGUCUGAGUCCUCGAUCUAGUGCGACAUUUUCAAGAGGCAAUAAUAGUCUCUUCAGAAGAAUAGUGGUAUUGGGUCCAAAGGCAGUGGGGAAGUCUGCUUUAACGAUAAGGUUUUGUGAAGGAAUCUUUCACUCCAGUUACCUUCCAACCAUUGAAGAUACGUAUUUGGCUACCCUAAAACUAGAAGGUCAAAUCUACAACUUGGAAAUAAUAGACACGGGAGGACAAGAUGAAUAUUCCAUCCUUAGUUCACAAUGCACUAUUGGAGUACAUGGCUACUUAUUGGUAUUUGAUAUAACAGACUAUCUUUCUUUCGAACUUCUCAAGGUGCUUCAUGAACGUCUCGUGAAUAUGCUGGGACUGGACACCAUUCCUUGCAUAUUAGUUGGAAUGAAACUAGAUGAACAGGAAGACAGAGCAGUAAACACGGCAGAAGUGGAACAAAUGGCAAGAGAAUGGUUGUGUCCUUAUAUAGAAUGUUCUGCAAAGGAUGGUAUCCACAUUGACACUGUAUUUCAUAGUCUCAUUCUGGAAAUGGAAAGGCCAACUGUUCAAGUUGCUGCUAGUCAUACCGAAAAGAACACCACAAGUCGAUGUGCCUCUAUGUAAGACUCUUUUGGUUUGGACAACUUCAUAAGAAAAUUUUCUCCUAUUUAUUGGAAAUGCUUCAAGACGUUGUUGUUGGGAUGAUAGUCAUUAAUAAUACAAUAGAAUGAUAUGUGAAACAAUAAAUAGCGUACUCAAUAU